GAUUUGGGCGCACAUAUCGAUGGCUUCAUAGCAGUGGUGGCGCACACUCUGGUCGUCGGCGCCUCCAAUGAGGCCAAAGUGGACGGACGUAAAGCCGAUGUCAUUCUUGCGGCACAUUUAGCGGCUGAGGCGGCCCUCAGACUCGUGAGACCCGGCUCUGAGAACAAUGCGGUGACCGAUGCCAUCCAGAAGGUGUCGGAAUCGUUCAAAUGUAAGCCCAUCUCCGGAAUGCUUUCCCAUCAGUUAAAGCAGUUCCGAAUCGAUGGCGAGAAGUCUAUUAUCCAAAACCCAACCGAAGCCCAGAAGAAAGAUCACGAAAAGUGUGAGUUUGAAGUCAACGAAGUCUAUGCCAUCGAUGUCCUCAUCAGCACUGGAGAGGGAAAAGGUCGCGAAUUAGACUCGAAGACAACGGUGUAUAAGAAGACGGACGAAGUGUAUCAGCUGAAGAUGAAGGCCUCGCGAGCUUUCUAU